CGCCUUGGUCUUAAAGUAGAUGAAAAUCAAGACUUGUAUGCACUUGUAAACGUUGUCAUGUCUCCAUUUCCAACGGCUGGAAACUUUUUCAGUCAGUUGACAGAAAAUUUUAAACAAAUUUUAGAGGAGGAGAAAUGCAUUUAUCGUAAUAAGGUCACGCCAGACAUUCACGGAUUUAUUAUUCAAGGGAUUGAAAAAAUUUAUCUUGUUCAUCUUCCUAUGUUUAACAUGGAGAAUCACAGAUAUCAAUUAAUUCUUCAAGCAGAACUACCUAAGGAAAUCAUGGAUGAAUAUAUUAAGGAGAGAGAAGACAAUCCAAAGCAAGGUUUCAUUUUAGGAAAUCAAGAUAAAACAACAUUAAUUCGGGAAAAGAAUUUAAAGCCGUGA